AUGACCAAGAUUGUUCUUCUCCGUAUCGGAGAUACUGGGGAGCCAAUCGUUCCCAACUUGUCAGGGGGCGUUUUGACUUUCCCAGCCUGUCCUCCAGACUUGAAUGGCCCAGUAGGAGAACCUCUUUUCGUUUUGAGAUUCUAUAUUGUAUCAGGUUCCAAAAUCUGCAACAACGGUAAGAUAUGGACAAACGUUGUGUCCGGUGCCAAAGAGAAGUUUAACAGAGCGUCGUUCACUCCUACUGAAAUCAGUACUUCCAUUUAUAGAGAUGUCAUGGUAGACAUUUCUAUCUAUCAACCGGGAGCCUACUCUUACUAUAUCACAUACAAUGAUUUGAGCGAUGAUGAGUUGGAGAUUGACAAGAAGUCCUGCUCUUAUCACUUCGUUGUUCCACCUUCAUUAUUCAUUAACGGGCAAUACUUAACUUUCAACUCAGUCACACUGCAAUCGGUUUGUUCCAAGUGGGUUGGUACUGAUUUUGAGAAGGAUUGGAUUCCGUUGUUCGACGACAUCAAAAACAAAGGUUAUAACAUGAUUCACUUUACUCCAUUGCAGAAACGUGGCGAGUCGAAUUCUCCAUACUCUAUCUAUGACCAACUUGAGUUUGAUGGGGCAAUUUUCCCCGGAGGUGAAGCAGAUGUUAGCCGAAUGGUAAAAAUCUUAGAAAAAGACUAUGGGAUUCUAUCUAUGACAGAUAUAGUUUUCAACCAUACUGCAAACAACUCUGUCUGGAUCAGAGAUCAUCCUGAUGUUGGUUACAACGAAGAGACUGCUCCUCAUUUAGUAGCUGCGAUGGAACUAGAUUCAUUACUCCUUCACUUCAGUGAAAACAUGAGGCAACAUGGUUAUGAUACUAUUAUAAGAGAUGAGGCAGCGCUAGCCAGGAUUUUGGAUGGUAUCAAAAUUCACGUGUUGGGGCAAUUGAAGCUAUGGCAAUUUUACAUUGUCAAUACCAAUGAGCAUAUUUUGAAACUUGAAGAUUAUUGGAGGAACGAGGUUGACAAACUUCCUGAAAAAAUUGACGUACCAGCUAAUGUCAGUUCCGACUUACAAAAAUUGGCAAGCUUCACGGUCGAAAAAUGCAAGGUCAAAGAUUUUAAUAUUAUGGGACACAGAUAUGAUAACAAACUUGACAUUGCAAAGUUUUCAAAUCUUUUAUCUAACCUUUAUGGUGCUGAAAGUGAUUUCAAUUCAGUAAUAAAAGAGAAUGCUCUCAAAAUUUUAGAUGAAAUCAAUCUACCUUUAUAUCAUACUUACGACACUGACAAUAACACAAUUUGUUCUCAAUUAUACAACAGAAUUAAAUACUUAAGAUUGGAUGACCAUGGACCUAAAUUAGGUGAAGUGACUAUAGAAAACCCAUUGAUCGAGCCUUAUUUUACCAGAUUUGUUGAUGCAAAUGGUAAACGCUGGUCCUUAGCUAACAACGGCUGGAUAUGGGGUGGAAACCCAUUGGUAGAUUUUGCCUCAAAUCAAUUGAAAUCCUAUUUACUUAGAGAGGUUAUUGUUUGGGGCGAUUGCGUUAAGUUAAGGUAUGGAUCAAAACCUGAAGACUCUCCGUAUUUGUGGCAGAGGAUGAUUUCUUAUUCAAAACAGUCUGCUAAAUUAUUUGAUGGCUUUAGAAUUGAUAACUGCCAUUCAACACCAAUACAUGUAGGCACUGCGAUGUUAGAUGCCGCCAGGAGUGUUAACCCAAAUUUGUAUGUGGUUGCGGAAUUGUUCACCGGAAGUGAAGAGUACGACAUUUUGUAUGUUCAGGAGCUUGGUAUCUCGUCUUUGAUCAGGGAAGCAAUGCAGGCGCCUUCUGUUGCUGAGCUUUCAAGGUUGUGUCAUAAACAUGGUGGGCGUCCAAUUGGCUCGUUUAGAUGGUUACCAUUGGAUUGCAUUUCAUACCCUGCUCAUCCCAUGGAAUACGAAAAGCGAUGCCUUGAAGAUAUUCAAUGCAAGUCUGAAAUUCCUAUUCCCCAACUAGUUACUUCAUUGGAACCUCACGCCCUUUUUAUGGAUUGUACACAUGAUAACGAGAUGCCGGCUCAGAAAAGAACGGUGGAGGAUACUUUACCAACUGCUGCAUUAGUUUCUUUUUGCUCCUGUGCUAAUGGUACUACAAUGGGUUUUGAUGAGGGAUAUCCGGAAUUGCUUAAUAUCGUCAACGAGAAAAGGAAAUAUACAUAUGGCGCAAAUAUGGGUAUCUCGAAAGUAAAGAAACUGCUAAGUGAUAUUAGGCAUGAAAUUGCCAACCAGAGUGUGGAUGAUAUUGAAAAAAACGAAAUGUACGUUCAUCUUGAAAAUGAGUUCAUAACGAUUCAUAGAUUGAAUGCAAAAACUGGCCGUGGAUAUUUAUUAGUGGCACGUACUAAAUUUUACCAGGAUGGUGAUCAAAACUUGACUCCUAUAGUUUUACAUGGAGUAAAAGCAAAACCUCAAUUCUCCUACGCAUUCGUUAACAAGCAAGAUUCUACAAGUGAAGAAAAAGAUGAUGGCUUCAUUCAUCCUUUAAAGACAGAGCUUGUAGAAUUAGAACAAUUGAGCUGCAGUUUUGAUUACGACUCGUUGUCGACCACAAUAUCAGUUCCAGGGUUCUUCCCACAAGGCUCAAUUGCAGUUGUCGCCACAGAGACUAUUGGAUGCAACGAAGAACUCGAUGAUUAUGUUAGAACUGGUGCAAUUGAAGCAGCAAAGAAUUUGACUUUGGUUGAUAUUAAUGCAAUCAUGUAUAGAUGUGAUGCAGAAGAGAGAGACGCAACUAACGGUCAAUCAGGCGUCUAUUCGAUUCCGAAUUAUGGUAAUCUGGUUUAUGCUGGUAUUCAAGGGUGGAUAUCAAUUUUGAGGACAGUAAUCGAAAGAAACGAUCUAGCUCACCCUCUAGCAGAUCAUUUGAGACAAGGUAAGUGGGCUUUGGACUAUGUUACAAAUCGGCUAAGGCCUUAUGAAAGCAAAAAUAACUCAAUUCAUGAGUUUAGAGUUUGGCUAGAGUCUAGAUUUUCUCGUAUAAAGGAUGCACCAAACUUUUUGAUUCCAAGAUUUUUUGCAUUAAUUGUUGGUGUUGCUUAUGAAGCUUUACGUUUUACGGCAUUGAAACAUAUGACCAAGUCAAUUCAGCAUUCAACUGUUUUUAUUCAAAGCUUGUCCAUGGUUUCCGUUGAAAUGGUGGGCUUGAUGAACACAGCUUCAAUCCAUCCUUUCAAAAAAAUGCCAUCUCUAGCUGCCGGUUUACCACAUUUUAGUUAUGAUUUUAUGAGAUGCUGGGGUAGAGAUGUUUUCAUUUCUUCAAGAGGUUUAUUACUUUCAACAGGGAGAUAUGACGUUGCUAGAGAUCAUAUUUUAUGCUUUGCCAAAACUUUGAAACACGGUUUAAUUCCAAAUUUAUUGGGAUCAGGUAAGGAUCCUAGGUAUAAUGCCAGGGAUGCUGCAUGGUUUUUCUUACAAUUUGUCCAGGACUACAUUCAUUUAGUGCCAAAAGGAGAAGACAUUUUACAAGAAAAAGUGAAAAGAAGGUUUCCGUUAGACGAUACUUACAUCCCGUACGAUGAUGAAAAGGCCUUCAGUGUUGAGUCCACGCUUGAGGAUAUUAUUUAUGAAAUUCUGAGUAGACAUGCGAAAGGAAUCAAGUUUCGGGAAGCUAAUGCGGGCACUCAAAUAGACUCACAGAUGAAGGAUGAAGGAUUCAAUAUUGAUAUAUACGUUGAUUGGGAAAAUGGUUUAGUAUUCGGCGGAAAUGAAUGGAAUUGUGGAACGUGGAUGGAUAAAAUGGGGGAGUCUGUUCGUGCGGGUAAUAAAGGAUACCCAGGGACACCUAGAAAUGGUGCUGCUAUUGAAAUAAAUGGACUACUAAAAAGUGCGAUAAGAUUUGUUAUCGAACUCCAUCAAAAGAAUUUGUUCAAGUAUGAUUCUGUUGUUAAUCAACAUGGAGACAAGAUCACUUUCAAACAAUGGGAUAGCUUGCUGAUGGAUAACUUUGAAAAAUGUUUUUAUGUCCCAGAAAACGAGGAAGAAGACGGAAAUUACAUUAUCAAUUCGAAGAUUGUUCACAGAAGAGGAAUCUACAAGGAUUUGUUUAGAAGUACCAAGGAAUAUGAAGACUAUCAGUUGAGAGGAAAUUUCCCAAUUGCUUAUAAUGUUGCGCCAGAACUUUUCACGAAAAGCCAUGCUUUGUCUGCAAUCAUUGUAACAGAUCAAAUUUUGAGAGGUCCUUUGGGGAUCAGGACUUUAGAUCCUUCUGAUCUGGAAUACCGACCAUACUAUCACAACAGUGUUGAUAACGAUGAUUUUGCUACUGCCAAAGGUAGAAAUUAUCACCAAGGUCCCGAAUGGGUUUGGCUUAUUGGUUACUUCCUUAGGGCUUUUGCGAAACUCCAUUUUCAGGAGAUUGAUAGAUGCAACAUCGACAGAUGUGUCCCUAGUGCUUACUUACAACAAUUACUAUGGAAGAGGAUGACAGAGCAUAAAAAACAUUUUUGGCAUAGUGAAUGGGCUGGUUUGACGGAGCUUACCAACAAGGAUGGCGAUAUUUGUAAUGAUUCGAGUCCUACUCAAGCUUGGAGUGCAGCAUGUCUACUAGAUAUUUAUUUAGAUGCCUGGUCUGAGUACGGAAUGUAA